UGUGUAGAAAAGUGGAAAGUUUGGGCAAGUCAGUGUCGUGUGGAAAAGGAGAAUAUGCUGUAAAAUAUUAUACAACGGGGUUUGGCGGCUGUGGAACAAGGAAAACUUCUGCUGGCCAAGAUGGCAAGAGAGGCUGCCGUGGUUUUGCUGGUAAAAUGUUUGGGAAUGUUCCAUAUACACCAUGGUCGGGUUUUGCUGGUAAAGUAUCUGGGAAGGUUCCAUAUACACCAUGGUCAGGUUUUGCUGGUAAAGUGUCUGGGAAGGUUCCAUAUACACCAUGGUCAGGUUUUGCUGGUAAAGUGUCUGGGAAGGUUCCAUAUACACCAUGGUCAGGUUUUGCUGGUAAAGUGUCUGGGAAGGUUCCAUAUACACCAUGGUCAGGUUUUGCUGGUAAA